AUAUCUCAUGCUAUGUAUACGGAGUACACAUAUCUAAAUCACUCUGUAUUAUGGACGUAUAAUCCCAUUGUGUAUCUAGGUAUCAUCCAUACAAACACGAGUGAGCGAUCGCUCUCAUACAGCUCCUACAAGCGUAAACGAUUACAGCUGACAAGAUGGGCUCGACGGGCGAGGUCUAUGUGACCAUUUCAGCACUCGAAGGAGGGCAACUCACUCUGCCAGAAAGACUGUUCAUCACAGAUGCGGAUCCGGAAAAAAAGGCGACUGUUCCCUCGUUGGCUUUCCUGAUCCAACAUCGCUCUCAAGAUGGCAAAUCCAGCAAACUCGUCUUCGACCUGGGUUUGAAACGCGAUCUGACCAAAUACCCUCCGGCACAGCAAGCACACAUCACCAACCGACAGCCUACCAUUCUCCGCCCUGAUGUCGGCGACAGCUUGAAAGCAGGCGGUCUCGAUCCGGCCAAAGAUAUCGACAUUGUGAUACCCAGUCAUCUCCACUGGGACCACGAGGGCACCCCGGACGACUUUCCCAACUCUCAGUUCGUCGUCGGGUCAGGGACACUGCACCUGCUCAAGCACGGAGCACCUCCUCACUACCCGAAAGAAAUCUUCAACCCAGACCUACUGCCGCGGGACAGGACUUUGGAAUUACCACCGGUGUCCAAGGACAGCGCGACCGCGGCGUCCAAGCAGACGAACCACACGUGGAAGCCCUUUGCAGGGUUCCCCGCCACGGUGGACUUUUUUGGCGAUGGCAGUGUCUACAUCGUCGACAGCCCCGGUCAUCUGUUCGGACACGUGAAUCUACUUGCAAAGACGGGACCCAAAAAGUGGGUGUACCUCGGGGGUGAUUGCUGCCACGACCCUCGCAUCCUGACCGGCGAAAAGGAUGUCGCACUGUACGACGACGGACACGGAAACCUGAGGUCUGUCCAUGUGGACACGGAGCAGGCGAAGGAGACGUUGAAACGGAUCGGUCCAUUGUUGAAGACCCCGACGCCUAGCCUCGAGGGAGGCAGCAGUGUCGAAGUGGUGGUGGCUCACGACGGGGUUUGGAGGAAGAACAAUCCUCACAAGUUCUUCCCCGGCACGAUAUAG